AUGGCUUAUAUAUCGCUCUUGUCAUACAAAAUACUAGUCCUCUCGUGGAUAACAGCGCAGCGACAGCUCAUACACGACAAGACAGUCUCGCGUACACAAUGGGACAAAAGCUAUGAUUUCAUAGUCGUGGGCGCCGGGGCUGCCGGUGCUGUCGUCGCUAAUAAGCUGAGCGAAUGCCAGUCCGUACGGGUGCUGUUGUUGGAGGCGGGAGGCGCUCAAAGCGCUAUAUAUAACGAUAUCCCGGGAAUGGUUUCUAAGAUAUAUACGGAUAAUGUAAAUAAAUGGAAAUAUUAUAACGAACCGCACGAUAAUUACGGUCAACAAUAUGCUGGCGGCCGAGUGCCCGACCAAAGAGGCAAAACAUUGGGCGGUAGUACAGCGCACAACACUAUGUACUACAAUCGGGGCAAUCGUCGCGAUUUUGACGAGUGGGCCAAUACGUACGGCGCCGUCGGUUGGAGUUAUAGGGAUGUGUUGCCGGUGUUCAGGGAGUGGGAGAACAAUACGGAUCCCGUAAUUGUUGCCAAUAAUCCCGACUAUCACGGAACUCACCCGGAGGACCAGGUUAAUAUAGUGGAUGCCGUGAGAAUGCAGUUUUAUUUGCUCGAGGUUACAGAUAUGGCUAAAUAUAUACAGCCGUUGCCAUCCUUUGCAGAUAUCGGGUGUCCGGUAUGUCCGGGAAAAUACAUGUAUGAGUGCUCUGAAGGACUGAAGUGCUAUAUUAGGUUCAAUUCAUUGUCGUCUUAUCAUCCGGCGGGCAGUUGUCGUAUGGGAGCGAUAGAGAGGCCGGACGUUGUGGUCGACCCCCAGUUGAGGGUUAAGGGGGCCAACAAUCUCAGGGUUUGCGACGCCUCUGUGUUUCCCGUUAUACCCAACGCCAACACCGCCGCCGCCGCUAUUACUGUGGGCUAUAAAUGCGCGCAAAUUAUUAAAGAUUAUUAUCAUUUAAAUGAUUAA